AAUAAUGAGGGGUGAUUGAGGUACCCUAUUUUAUUGAAACUUGUACUUUACUGAGACUAAAAUUGCCGCGCAUGCGCGCAAAAACCGGUCCAAUAUCUCAUCACUGAACCAAUCAAAGCAAACAUGUGCGUAAUGAACAAAAACUCAUUACUCGGAAGGUUCGAUUGUUGAUGAAAUGUAGUUUUCUAUUCAUAUUUAGACAUAAGUGGUAAUGUUUUCAUAAAAUCCUAAUGAAAAUAAAUACAUAUAGUAUAAUUUAUAUGUUACAUUCUGUAUAACGAUAUAACAAAUAAUAAAAAGAAUCAGUACUUAUAAUAAAUAAGCAAUCACUCUUAAAGUUUAUACGUGUCAUUUGGUAUUUUUCAUUUUCGUUUUGUAUUUUUAAUAUUAUUAAUUUAAUAAUGGAUGAAAUUGCCAGCUGGGACGAAAUAGAAAAUGAUGAAUUUUUAAAACAAUUUCUUGAUGGUGAAUCUAAAAAACCUGAUGUUAACCAAGUACUCUCAGUAGCUCAACAAAUAAACAAGUUAGGUCAAGCUAUUGAAAUAUUAAAUAAUGAAUUGCAAAAACAAGUGUUGGCCAAUCAUGAGGAUUUAUUAUCACAAGCAACUUGGGUUGAAAAGUUGGAAGGAGUACUUUCGAUAAUGCAAUCUCAUGUUCAGAGUUUGCUGUCAGCAGUAGAACGUUUACGUGGAAAAAUUGUUGAUCCUUUUAAUAGAAUUGAGACACAAACAAUUGUUUUAGCAAGACUUCAUGAAACUUCUGAUCUAUUAAGGAGAGUUGCUAGAAUGCAGCAUUUAUCAAAACGUUUAUAUUCUCAAAUGACAAAUAAUGUACAGGGACCUGAUAUUAUAAAAGCUGCCAAUAGUCUUCAUGAACUUGAACAGCUAAUGAUGGAUACAGAUUUAAAUGGUUUAGAUGUUAUAGCUGAUGAUCAACAAGCUGUAAAAGCUCAUAAAAUGACAGUACAAAGAUUAGCAACUCACACAUUAACUCAAGGUUUACAAACAAUGGAUAGAGCAAAAAUUAGUACAGCUGUACAAGUAUUCCAAAAUCUAGGAAUUGUAAAUGGAGCCAUAGAUAAUGUUAUAGAUUCUGCUUUAUCUGACAUUGAAAAAAUUGCUACGGAAUCUUUAGAUGUGACCUUAGCACUAAAUCAAGAUUUUGGAAAAAGAGGAGCACCUGGGAGGGCUGCUAUUCCUUCUCCUGGUUCCUCUGGAAAUUUACGUACACGAAUUUGGGAAAAUCUUGAAAGGCUUUUUCAAGAUACACUGUAUACACAUUGUUUGCAAAUUGAAUUACUACAAAGAAUAUUGAUAGAACAUCAUAUAAAGGGAUUAGACGAAUUAUCACAAAAAUUUUGGGACAAAGUAAAUUGUCUACUUUCUAAAGUAUUAGUUGAACGUGCUCAAGGAUCCUCAUUUGUAAAACAAGCAUUAGAAGGUGAAUAUCCGAAAUUUUUAAGAAUAUUUUUAGAUUUGAGCAAACGAUUAAAAGAAAGGUCACAAAGUAUUGGAAUUUAUCAUAUUAACCAUAAUGUAUUAUUACCUUUUGAAAAUGCAUAUUUAUCACGUUCUGUAUCGCGUUUAUUGGACCCUGUACAUACUAUGUUCUCUGGAGAAGGAUUACCAACACAAGAUGAAAUUGAUAGUCUCAUACGCACAGUAACAAAUGAAUUGAGUGUAUCAUUAGUUGAUGAUGGUCUUUCAGUAGUAGUUGCUCGUAAUGUAGGCAAGGCUAUAAGACUAUUUUGUUUAAAAUGUGAACAAGGAUUGCUCAUGGGAGGAGAAGCUAGUCAAGUAAUUGAUUCUCCUACCAGUGUUCAGCAGACAAAUGUGUCACUUGCCAAUCUGCUUUAUUACCUUUCUAGUCAAAUAAAUCGUGUAAUAGCAAAUUUAUCUACUGGUUUACCAAGUGAAGGAAGCACAGUGAUUUCUGUAGCUCUAAAAGAAACUGAUGUACUAACAAAGAAUAUAUUAUCACCAUUAUUGGCUUCUAUCAGUGAUGCCAUUGAAAGUAUUAUUUUAACUAUGCAUGAUGAUUCAGAAUUUCGAGAUCCAAGUAGUCCUUUAGGAAAAGAGAUAAAUUGUUCACUUUAUAUGCGCGAAUUACAAGGAUUUAUUUUACGAUCUGUAAAUACAUUUCUUGUACCAUAUAAAAAUCAAGCGAUUGUUACCGAGUGUUGUAAAACUGUUGCUUCGCGGUGCAUCGAACUUUUUAUAAGACAUGCUUGCUUAUUACGACCAUUAACGGAAUUUGGGAAAGCAAAACUUAUUGCCGAUUUCAAUCAGAUAGAAGUAGCUGUUGCUCCCUUAUGCAGAGGUGGACAACUAGGAUCAUCAGAGCAACAGCAGUAUAGAACACUAAGGGCCUUAAAAGCAUUGAUUCCGCUUAGUCCUGAUGAAAUUGUUCAGAAAGUUUUAGAAGGAGAUGGAGACUGCGGCGUACCCCGUUCUCUGGUUCUUCUACAUUUAUUUUCUACAGCACCCCCUGAAUUAGUAUCUCCACAUCAAAGCGCAAGUUGGUCGGUGGGACGAUUAUCUCAAUGGAUGGAUAAAAAUAAAAACGAAAGAGACAGAUUAACAUUUUGCAGCGGGCCUUUGGAACGUUAUCAGUUAACUGUUAGACAGCAGAAUCUUCCGUCAUUUCAUCCAUUAUUUCCACUAAUGAAGAAGUUAGCUAAUCUAAAUGAUCAUUAAAAUUCUAGUAUAUAAGUUCAAGGUAUGUUGUACAUGUCUUAUUAAGUACUUUCCAUAAUUAUAUAAAUGGUAUUAAAUCGUGUAUAAAUAAUUUAUUAAUAUUGCCAACGAAUAAAUUUAAAAAAAGAAUUUAUUGUACAAAAGUUACAGUUAUAAACAAAAGUUACAGUAUAAAGUUACAGUUAUUACAGUUAUAAAUGAUAUCACAGUUUUAUUAAGUCAUUAAUCUCUGAAUGCACAUUGUUUUAGAAAAGCAUAUUCCUACAAUUAGUGUAACACUUAAAAA